AUGAAGAUGCUAAUUUUGUAUUUCAAGCCGGAGCGCACACUUCUCUUUAGCGGUGAUCCCGGUCUUAACGAGCUAGAAAAUAUGACUUUGGUUGGCAAUGGGCGAAUGCUGGUCGAUGAGGAGAUGCGUGUCAGAACAGUCAAGUCUUGGGUCUCGUGGAUACUUCCUACAACGGAAUUUGAUUAA